AAGAAAAUAGGUUUUGGGCGACGGAAUUGAAAUUUAAAGGCGACAAAAAAGAAUGUCGUGGCCCAUUGUUGAAAACAAGGGCGACAAGCUGAUUUUGUAGCCCAUAAUGUAGAUUAUGGGCGACAAAAAUCGUUGUUGUUGCCCAAAUUCAUAUUUGGGCGACGAAAUAAGUUUUGGGUUGCUUGUUAUCUUGAUUAGGCGACGAAAUUAUAUAUUUCAUUGCCCUUGUAUAAUAAGUGGCCCAAUUCAAAUUAUGUCUCGUUGCACAAACCCAACAAAAAUAGCUGAAAAGAAACCCACUCUAAUAUUUUCCCACGAAAUCACGUAUUUCACUCCUUCAAGACUCCAACUGCUCACUUGUCAAAAAAUUAAAAAAUUCAACUGCUCAUCUCCUCCUCUACUGACACCCUCUCCGGUCCGCCGUAACACUCGCGCGUCUCCUGCGAAUGUGCUGAUGUCCGACGACUUUUCCGGCACUUCCUGUCGCCGGCAAAUCUGCUGCUGUCCGUCGACUUCAUUCUCGCUCCGAUUUCUCUGUUGUCCGGCGAAUAUCCAUUUCCCUCUCGUUUCUUUGCGGCGAAGCAGAACCACCGGUGCUCUCUCUCCUCUCGUUUAUUGGUUUUCAGUGUUGUCUGUGGUCGACGAAGAUGUAGAACAAGGAAAACCCAAAGUUGAAGAUAACAAUUAUACAUCCAGAUCUUGGUAUAGCUCUUGAGCUUUUAGGACCUCAUUAACAGCUACUCUGAGUAUGAUGACAUGGAUGGAGAUAUAUUGGAAGAAGAACCUGAUGGAGAAAAGGAUGAAACUUUAAUGGGUGCGAACAUUUUGUCUGCGGAAGAUAAAGGAUGGUUAUCUCUUCCAGAUAGCAUAUACAGUAGCAGCUCUGAUGGGGGCAGUGUUUCUGGUGAAGUCAGUCCCUCAAAUGGCUUUGGUCUUGAAGAAGCUUUAGAGCAUCUUUCAAUUAACUCCAACAACGAAGAGGAUGGAGAUCAGAAGGAACGACCUUUUUCCACUGCUACUAAGCACCAAGACAUCUUACAUAAUGGGAUGUUAAAUGAGAUGAUAGUCAAGGAUGAUAGUACUGGUCUUUCUACAGAUGUACACCCUAAUGACCUUAGAGAUGGUGUCUGUUUGGAAAAUAAAUUAUCAGCAGAUUCAGUUCCCAGCAUGCUUAAAGAAGAGAACUUAGAGAUGAAUCUUGAAGGCAAAGAUGAAGCAACCUCGUCAAAUAGAGUUGGACUUGGAGAGGACAGUUAGAACAAUCAACUUAAAAAGGAUGGUGUUCGAGCAAUCAAGGGUAAGAGUAAAUUACUUUUUUGUAUUGCAUUUGCUCAACUGGAAAGAUGAUGUUUCUUCUGGGUGAGGAUUCUUUUAGACACUAUGGAAAAUGAACUCGGGAGGUAGAAAGAUGGAAAGUAUGUCAUGCAAUUAAAAAAACUCAAAUCUAGCCCCACUACU